UGUCAUUUGAAAGUAGCACAGCCUGACUGUGACAGCUGAACUUAGCAAGAGGAGGUUCCUAAAAGUGAGCGCUACAUGCAGGUUUACUGAAGACGCGUCGGUUUCUCUGAAAGCCUGGAUUUAUGUUUGUGUUUACUCGCUGAGCGCCCAGCUGUCCAUGCGCUGAACAGGUGAAGGGCAUCUGAGUUUAACUUCGACUUGUGCAUGGCUAACCAAGCCUGGCUGGAGUCUUCUCUGCGGCGCUCUGCCAGUCUGGGCCUGGAGGUGCUGGAGCGGGCCUCCAGGCGGAGUGUAGACUGGACGAGCACUAGAGCAUCCCAGACACCCACCACUACAGAUGAAGACAUACAAAUCCCAGCAGUUAAGAGAACACACACAGAGCUUGAUGACGUCUUUGCAACCAUCGCACAGUUCAUGGAACAAACAACCUAUCAGUGCAAGAGGUUUUAUGAGUCUGACUGUUGCACUGAGCCCACUGACACUGAGAGGAGUCAUGUGUCCAGGUUUCACAGACGAUCAGCUGCUGGGAUGACAACACCUGCACUGUCAACCAGAAAACAUGUAAGGGCUCCAUACAGCAAAGGCCGUGUGUCGGCGGCAGGUGAAGAUUUCUACAUUGAGCUUUCACCAGGGACGUACGCUAUCACUGCCAGCAUGCCAGAGUCACAGCAGCAGACUCAACUGGUCAGCAUCAAAGCUGGAGAGAGUAUCAACCUCACCUUUGAUCUCUGACACCUCACCCUUAAACCUCAAUAACAAAACUGAGCAAUGUUAAGGCUGUUUGUGUGUUUAUUGCGUGUUUUUACACUGAUUUUGCAAGUUUACAUUUUAUUUAGCUAUGAACAUUUUAAUUUGCUGCAUAUUGAGAAGCCAUAUUGUUACUGCAUUUUACUUGAGUAUAUUUUUAUGAAGAUUGUAUGUCCAAACUUUGCCCUAGAACAUCAUGUAAUGCACAGUAUUUUACCUGCACUAAUGCCGCACCACUGUAUUAAAAUAAAGUAUUUUUUAAAUCAG